GGGUAGCUGACCUUGGUUGCCGAGCACGCCGGGAAAAGGUGUACCCGAUAUGCCACCCCACGCGGCCGGCGUCCUUCCCCUCCCCUCCCCCUCCCGCGGCUGGGCCCACUGCUGAGGACCGGUGCAGAGUGGGGGAGCUAGGGCUGUUGGUGAGCGCGCGGCGCGGACGGUGUGACACGUGCGCCGGCGGCGGUGUGGUGUGACGGUGUCUGUGACGGUGUCUGUGACGCGGACGGUGUACGGUGCAUCGUGAAGGCGAGUUGCACCCCCAAAACCGGCCCCCACCCAGCUGAUAUAAACAGUGACGGCGCGCGAGACCCCGCAAUGGCAGCAGUCAGCCCCGCCAAACGAGCCAGGAAGGAGGCCAACUCGGACGACAUGAAGGAGGCUUUUCCAGACAUCUCGCCGAUCGCGUACCGUCCGGACGCGCCGGCCGACGAGACGCUUGUGUUUCGUCACUACAACGCCAGCCAGCAGGUGAUGGGACGCUCCAUGCAGGAGUGGCUGCGCUUCUCCGUCUGCUACUGGCACUCGUUCCGUGCCACGGGCCUGGACCCGUUCGGGGGUGCCACCAUCACGCGGCCCUGGGACGACGGCUCCGACACCCUGGAGAACGCCAAACGACGCAUGCGCGCCGCCUUCGAGUUCUUCGCGAAGCUCGGAAACAAGUACUGGACGUUCCACGACCGCGACAUCGCUCCUGAGGGUUCCUCCUGGCAGGAGACCAAUCGCAACCUGGACGAGAUGGUGGAGCUGGCUGCGCAGCUGCAGAAGCAGCACAGCAUCAAGCUUCUGUGGGCCACCUGCAACCUGUUCUCCCACCCCAGGUAUAUGAACGGCGCCGCCUCCAACCCGGACGCCCACGUGUUCGCCUGUGCCGGUGCCGCCGUGCGCAAAGGACUCGAGGUGGCCCACAAGCUGGGCGCCGAGAACUUCGUCUUCUGGGGCGGCCGCGAGGGCUUCCAGACCCUUCUCAACACAGACCUCAACAAGGAGAUGCAGCACAUGGCCAACUUCUUCCGCAUGGUUGUUGCCUACAAGGAGAAGAUCGGCUUCAAGGGUCAGCUGCUCAUUGAGCCCAAGCCAAAGGAGCCAACGCGUCACCAAUACGACUACGACGCUAUGACCGUCAUCGCCUUCCUUAAGACCCACCAGCUGGACAAGCACUUCAAGCUCAACAUCGAGCCCAACCAUACGAUGCUGGCAGGACACAGCUACGAGCAUGACGUCGUCAUGGCCUCCGCGAUGCGGAUGCUCGGUUCGAUCGACGCCAACACGGGUUCCCCGGACCUCGGCUGGGACACGGAUCAGUUCCCCAUGGAUGUCAAGGCGGCUACCAUGGUGAUGAAGACCGUUAUCGAACAGGGCGGCCUUCAGCCGGGCGGACUGAACUUUGACGCCAAGGUGCGGCGCGAGUCGACCGACCCCCGCGACCUGUUCAUCGGUCACGUGGGAGCCAUGGACACGAUGGCGCGCGGUCUGAAGGCGGCCGCCCGGCUCAUCCAGGAGGGCACCCUGGCCAGGGCGGUGCAGCAGCGCUACAGCUCCUACAAGUCCGGACUGGGGCACAAGAUCUCGAACGGCACCGCGACUCUGGAAGACUGCGAGGCGUACGUUCUCAAACAUGGCAAUCCUUCCGCCACCUCUGGACAACAAGAGCACUACGAGACCAUCUUCAACCACUACGUCCACGACCUCAAGUGAACGUGACGGCCUUCUGAUCUUACUGCGGGCUGGCUUGGGGAAGUCUUCGAGUUUGUGUUCUAGUGAUGACACACUGGCGUUUGUAAAAUUGUGCACAUGUUCAAUAAAAGCAACUGAAAUGGACUAUA